GUCUUCUUUUUUAUUUUUCCUUCUCUACUUUCCUUCCUCAUACCACAUUCACUUCCAUUUAUACACACUCCCGCAAAGGGAUAGCAAUACUACACUAUGGCUCAAUAUCCUCCUCCAAACGAACCUUUCCCACAACAUCAGUAUCCCCCUAGCCCACAGCAACCCUACCAGUAUGGCGCACAACCUCAGCCUUACUAUCCACCCCAACAGGGACAGCCACAAUGGAAUCUGCAGCCACCUCCACCACAAAAUAACCAGCAAUACUUUGCUCCUCAGGGCCAGCCCACACUUCCAUCAUAUGAUGGCUCCAUAAAUCCUGAUACAGGCCUUCCUUCAAAAUUCAAUCCAAAACCUAAAUAUAACGACCUUUGGGCAUUCGUUCUUUUCUUGGUUCAACUCGCUGGUUUUGUCGUCCUCUCUUACUUUGCAAUCCGCAACGUCAUUGACCAUCGUAAUAGCAAUGGAGGCAGAGCUGGCGGUGGACCUCUGUUAGGCUUCUUUACGACAAGUGGCUUGAUUACGUUGUUCAUCUCGAUUGCUGUUGGUGCCAUCUUUAGUGUUGCUUACUACUUCUUAACCCAAGCCUUUCCUCGUCAGGUUAUCAAGGUCACAUUUGCAUUGAGUAUCAUCCUCUACCUUGCAGUUGCGCUCUACUACCUCUACCUCCGCAUCUGGUUUGCUGGUAUUAUUGGACUGAUUUUUGGAGUCCUCUAUGCCACGAUGUGGUUCUACUGGAAAAGCCGCAUUCCUUUUGCAAGUGUGAUGCUCUCGACUGUUACCGCAAUUUCCAAAGAAUACCCCGCAACCUUUGCCCUUGCCUUCUUGGGUCUGUUUUUGCAAAUUGCAUAUUCGAUUUACUUCAUGACAGUCAUUGCAGGCACAUACGAUCUCUACUAUGACCCUGUCACCCGCUCAGCUCCCGCUAAGCUCCAGGUCCUCAUUGUCUUCUGCUUCUUCUCUUUUUACUGGACCUCACAAGUGCUUGCCAACAUUGUCCACACGACUGUCUGUGGUGUUUAUGCGACUUAUUACUUUAUGAAGGGAUCUCCUCAAGGAAUGACAAAGUCCCCUACAAUUGAAAGUUUAAAACGAUCCUGCACCACCUCGAUCGGUAGUAUCUGCUUCGGAUCACUCAUCAUCGCCGUCAUUCAGACCCUUCGUGCAAUUGCCAACAUGGCUCGCGGAGAUAGCGACGGCAUCAUGGCGUUUAUUGCUUGCUUGAUCGACUGCAUAUUAGCCUGUAUUCAGGGUAUUGCAGAAUUUAUCAACAAAUAUGCGUUUGCUCAAGUUGCUAUCUACGGAAAGCCAUACAUCCAGGCUGCCAAGGAUACAUGGACCAUUUUACAGGACCGUGGUGUGGAGCAGAUCAUCAACGACAAUCUCAUUGGCAAUGUUUGGAGCAUGGCCGCCAUCUUGGGUGGCGUUCUCUCAGGAUUAGCAAGUUAUUUGUACAUGCGCAUUGCAGAGCCUUCAUUCAAUAGUGGAGGUCAGUUUACGUAUAUAAUUGUAAUCAUGGGGUUUGUGAUGGGUCUCCAGAUCGUCUUCACAGUUGGCACAGUUAUCGACAGUGGUGUGGCUACCACCUUUGUUUGCCUGGCGGAGGACCCUGCUGCUUUGGCUAGGACUAAGCCCGAACUUUUCGAGCAGAUCCGCCUCACUUGGCCUGAGGUUGUUCAGGGUGUCCGCUAUUAAGUAAUAUGAUCCAUGAUUGCCACACUAUCUACCCAUGCCAUUUAUCAUAGUCAAACAUGAAGAAAAAAAAAAAUAUAGCCUCAUAGUCUAAUAUAC